GUCAAUGUGCAAUGUGUCAUGGCUCCUUACAAUAAUUAUUCUUCUUACAAAGGAUAAAUUCGUUUAAUCAUAAGUCUAUCUCGGAUAAAAACUUUGCACUAACAGUUCUGACUGUUAAUGUACUAUUUGGAUAUAGUUUCUACUAUAAAAGAAACAAUACGCUGGAACAUCAUUGACACAUACUAUGGCUACUGUUGUUCAGAAAAAUGGUAUUAAGCCACUAUCUAAUGGAAAUAGUUUGGUACAUCAUCAGAUGCAGAAUAUCACUGGUUAUGAACAUGUAGAAGUGUUGAAUGACAAUGAAGAGUGUGAUUCUCAACAAAACAAUGAGCAAAAUGUUUCUUGUGAACCUGAUAGUGAACAGACUGAAAUUGAGCAGAAUAUUGAAGAACCAGAAAUAGACAUUGUCAUCAACAAUGUAGUUUGCAGUUUUAGUGUAAGGUGUCAUUUAAAUUUACGUGAAAUUGCACUAUCUGGUACAAAUGUUGAAUAUCGUAAAGAAAAUGGCAUGGUCACAAUGAAACUAAGAAGACCUUAUACAACAGCAAGUAUUUGGUCAUCAGGAAAAAUCACCUGUACAGGUGCUACUAGUGAAGAUGCAGCUAAGCAAGCAGCAAGAAGGUUUGCACGCUGCUUACAGAAGUUGGGAUUCAACACUAGAUUCAACAAUUAUAGAGUGGUUAAUGUACUUGGAACAUGCUCCAUGCCCUUCUCAAUAAGAAUCAGUUCCUUUUCUGCAAGACAUAGAGAAGCAGACUAUGAACCAGAGUUACAUCCAGGGGUCACAUAUAAGCUGAAAAGUCCAAAAGCCACCCUGAAAAUAUUUUCAACAGGCAGUGUCACAGUUACUGCGCCUAGUGUAGCUGAUGUACAAGCUGCCAUCGAAUACAUAUUUCCGUUAGUCUACGAAUUUAGAAAAGAGAGAACCAAAGAAGAAAAAGAGGCAUUAGCAAAAAAGAAACUGAAACAGUAUGGAGAAAUUCCUCUGGAACAUGAAGAAGCAGAUGAAGCAAUGAGUGAAUCUGAAAAUGUUGAAGAAUCAUGGGACUAAAAAAGUGCAACAAUUUAACUGUUUCAUAUACUCGGAUGUCGCAUUACCUACUUUUUUGAACAUCUCACCAUGCUCCUCAAUAGGAAAGAGAAAGAACUGCUUGUUUGUGUCAGUUCUUGAGGAAGAUAAGGUUAUUAGAAUCUUCAAGCUAAAACUAUUCAACUGAAGCAGGUAUAAGGUGAGCUACAAAUGCCAUUUGAAAGUGUGGAAAAUCUGUUCAAAGUUAUGUGCCGCUGAUACGAACCUAGUCAGGAUAGUCCUGGUAUGACAUUUAUUUAUUAAGAAAUAAGACUGUGGAAAUGUAUAUUGAGUAACUCAAUGAAUAUUUAUGUUGAUGGUGCAUUUACAUAGGUAAUGUGAUGUUUCACUUUGUGUGUUCUGAAUCAGAAUAUCAACUAUAUUAGUCGGAAAUAAAAUUAGAGUUUAGAAUGCUUUUUUAUUUUUUAGAAAAAGUCGAACUAUUUUUAAUUGUGCAUAAUACAUUGAAUUUCUCGAAUAUUUGUCAGAUGACAAUUUUAAGGCACUAGUUAGGUGAUCAAUAAAUAUUGAAUAAUCUGAUAUUUUGAAACUAAACUAUUUCUAGUGCGGUUAUUUAUCGAACUUCUUUAAAAUUCGAAUAUUGCUUUCAUCACAAGGUACCAUCAAAAAACGUGAAAAAUAGUUAUCUGUCUCAAAUAUAUGAAUUUUUAAUAUUGAAAUAUUUUGAUGACACAGGUAAUGGGAAAAGGUUAAUAUUGUACCUAUACUUCUUAAGAGGAACGGAAGAUUUGAAUACAACUUACUAUCGGUUUAUUGUAAUAUAAAAAUAUUAUGAUAAUGAAUUAUAAUAUCAAAGACUGCAUUUAUGAACAUGUAUAUUAUAAUAAUGAUAAUAUGCACUCAGUGUUGAACAAUUCUCAUGUAUUUAUUGUCUAUAAACGAAUGGAAAACACCACGAAAGAGAAGUUGACUGAAAACAUUAUAUAAAUGAACAGAUGAAACAUGAUACUAUACAGGGUGUUGAUUAAUUUAGUGCCGAUAAUACAAGGUGUGAAUCUUCGGUUGAGUUCGAGGAGAAAACUCUAUAUCAACAUACGUCUUAAACCUCUUAGUUUUUGAGCUACAGGGUGAUGAAAUCAGAAAAUUAUUUUCGUCGCACCACAUAGUGGGUGCCUAUU